GAAGCAGUAUCUAAAGUUACAGUAGUGUGACAGGAAUUUCUUUACUAUCUAAAGCUUUUCUCUCUAAUAAAACAUCUGAAACUCAAGACAUCUUUAGCAAGCUCUUGCUGAAACAUGCUGGAAGACAACGUAUCUUAUUUUCACCCAGAAGAUAUUUUCUCCUUCCUCAUUCUGAAUUGAUUGUCCACAGAUGUGGCAGCCCUGCGGGUUAGUUGGGUUGGCUCAAGUCAUUCGUGAAGUACAGAGAUGUAUCCGCUUCAGACCGGUACUUGGCAAAACAACACUCCAUCUUUCUGGCUUCUGAGAUUCAGUUUUAUCUGGCUCAUCAGUCAGAACUGUUGUACAGCAAGUGCAGUUUGGACUGCGUACAUGAACAUAUCAUUUCACGUGGGGAACCGCAUGCUGUCAGAGCUGGGGGAGACCGGGGUCUUCGGAAGAGGCUCCAUUUUGAAGAGAGCAGCAGGAGUUGUUGUGCCGCCAGAGGGAAAAAUUCAAAAUGCUUGUGAUCCCAAUACCACUUUUAUCCUGCCACGGAACAAAGAGCCCUGGAUCGCACUCAUUGAACGAGGAGGUUGUGCCUUCACACAGAAAAUUAAAGUGGCAUCUGAGCACGGAGCCCGAGGAGUGAUCAUCUAUAACUUCCCAGGUACCGGCAACCAGGUUUUCCCCAUGUCUCACCAGGCAUUUGAAGACAUUGUUGUAGUUAUGAUUGGUAACAUCAAAGCAUAUUUCACCUUUUAUCACAUUCGGAGACUUUGGGUGGCAAGAAUUGAGAACAGGAGAUGGAAGCAAUUAAGAAGAGAGCUCAAGAAAGCUUUUGGGCAGCUGCAAGUUCGAGAACUGAAAGAGGGGGAUGAAGAAGUAAACCCGAAUGCGGACAGCUGCGUCAUCUGCUUUGAAGCCUAUAAGCCUAAUGAAAUAGUUCGUAUUCUCACUUGUAAACAUUUUUUCCACAAGGAUUGCAUUGACCCCUGGAUUCUAGCCCAUGGCACAUGCCCCAUGUGCAAAUGUGACAUUCUGAAAGCUCUGGGGAUUCAGAUGGACACCGAGGAUGGAACAGACUCUCUGCAAGUUCUGAUGUCAAAUGAAUUGCCCGGAACCUUGUCACCUGUGGAAGAAGAGAUGAAUUAUGAGCUUCCUCCUGCAAGAACUUCAAGUAAUGUGACCCACGUGCAGGAGCACCCUACUUCUGCGAGCGCUGGCAGCCAGCCUCCUGGAGCAGAGGAAACCGGUCAUCCUUCACAUGGACAGCGGGAACUUUGAGCAAGUGGAUUAAACCUGUUUGUCAGAUGAGGUCCUCGUG